AUGGGAACAUCGAUGAGCUCCAAGAAUGUCACUUGUACUGGCGAAUUCUGUUUCAAGGCACGAAUCAAGUCAAAGCUGGGCCAUAUGACAGAGUACAAUACGAUCGGAUGUGCAUCGUUCACUGGCGACGACAUGUUGGCUGAAGAAUUGAAUCCUACUGGAUGUGCGAAAUUCAGCAGUGAACAGCUGGAAGUGUUGGCAUGUUUCGAGACGAAAGACAAAGCGGCAAUUGGUCGAGCUCGAGCCAAUCAGGAAGUUCGGGAACCUAAGCGAAAGCCAAGCAAAGGAAAAGGACGGAAACCUCCUCCAAAAAUGGAAAUAGAGUAU